CAACUGAGGCGGGGCGGUAGCUAUGGCGGCUGUGACCGACGUGCAGCGGCUACAGGCCCGGGUGGAGGAGCUGGAACGCUGGGUGUACGGACCGGGCGGGUCGCGCGGCUCGCGGAAGGUGGCUGAUGGCCUGCUCAAGGUGCAGUUAGCUUUGGGGAACAUCGCCAGCAAGAGAGAGAGGGUAAAGAUUCUCUACAAAAAGAUUGAAGACCUGAUCAAAUACCUGGAUCCUGAGUACAUUGACCGCAUUGCCAUACCUGAUGCCUCUAAGCUGCAGUUCAUCUUAGCAGAGGAGCAGUUUAUCCUCUCCCAGAUUGCACUCCUGGAGCAGGUGGAGGCUUUGGUGCCCUUGCUGGACAGUGCUCAUAUCAAAGCCGUUCCUGAGCAUGCUGCCUGCCUGCAGCGCUUGGCCCAGGUCCACAUCCAGCAGCAGGACCAGUGUGUGGAGAUCACUGAGGAGUCCAAGGCCCUCCUGGAGGAAUACAACAAAACUACAUUGCUUCUCUCCAAGCAGUUUGUACAGUGGGAUGAGCUACUUUGUCAGCUGGAAGCCGCCAAGCAAGUGAAACCAGCAGAGGAGUGAUGGCUGCUUCUCAUCCCAGGGUGAGCCAGAGCAUCCAGGCUCUGGGGCCCUGUGCCAACCUGCCCUUGUAGCAGGGCAGAGGCAGAUCUGUAUUUAUUGGAUGCACAGCUUACCUGUCCGCACUCAGGGGGGGCCCUGAGGUCACAGGUCUGGCUAUAUGAGAUUUCCCCUUUGCACUCAUCAGUGUCCUACUUCAGUGACAAUAAACUAUAGAGAUCACUGAA